CAUGGCGUCGGACGCCGCGGCGAACGCCGCGGGCGCGUUCUUUCAGGCCGCCAGCGCGUUCGACGCGUUGCUGGGCCGCCACGAGGGCGAGGAGGCGACCGGCGCCGCAGAGGAGGCGGCCGCUGCGUCGCGCGUCGCCGCGGAUGCGACUGCGGCCGAGCUCGCGCACUACGCAGAUGCCGCCGCCGAGGAGGAGGAGGCGGCUGCCGCUGACGGCGAUGCGGAGGCCGCCGCUGAGGGCGAUGCGCAGGCUUCCGAUGCGGGCACUGAGGAGGCGGCUGCCGCUGCGGGCGCUGAGGAGGCGGAGGAGGCGGAGGAGGCCGCCCACGAGGAGGCGGCUGCCGCUGCGGGCGCUGCGGAGGCCGCCCACGAGGAGGCGGUGGAGGCGGAGGUGGUGCUGUCGAUCAGCAUCGACUCCGGGGACGAAUGCGCCGACGCUGCCCUGGCGGCGGCGUCCGAGCCGCGGGGCGAUAGCAGCGGCGCGGCCGUGUCCGAGGCCCCGAUCUCGGGCGGCUCGGUCCAGAGCUCGGGGUCGGCCGACGGGAGCUCUCUGGGCGGCGCGCCGUUGACCAUCGAGCUCGGGGUCGGCCGCCGCGUGCGGCAGAGGACAGCGGAGCCGCCGAAGAGUGCGCCACCUGCCUACGCUUCGGUGGAGGGGGUGCGCCCUGCCGUGCAACCUGCGCCGCAUGCGGAGCCGACGGAGGCGGGUCGGGUCGCCACGUGGAAGGCUGUGUACAACAACAGGUACACGCCCGAGAUGAUAGAGGACCUGCGCGCGGAGUCGGCGGCGGCGAGGAGCAUGGGGCUCUCAUGGGCUCAGCGCGGCCCCGUCGGCCCAGACGAGGGCGGCCCCACGACGUGGCGCGGCCAGAACUACCGCUGGAACACGGGGAAGUGGGCCAACAGGGGCGGCAAGAACAAGGCGUACUUCGCGGCGAAGUACGGCCGCGGCGCCUUCGGGCCAGGGACGCGCCCCCCUGGGUCGCACCCGCAGGUGGCGCCGCCGCAGGUGCACCCGAAGAUGGCGCCGACGCAGGUGGUGCCGCCCCCGCGGGUGGUCCGCCCGCCGCCACGCGGGCCGCGGCCCGCGGCCGCCGCCCCCGCGGCCGCCGCCCCCGCCGCCGUGCCCGCGGCCGCCGCUCCCGCGGCCGCCCCGUCGACCGUGGCAAAGCGGCCGCCGCCAACGCGGUUUCUGUGA